AUGCCUCUUUUCAAGAAAGGGGGAGCUAACUUUAGCGAUUCUCGUAAAAGUGAUAGCGACAAAAAACAUUCAAACAGUCGUUCAUCGGGCGUUGUAGCUCAAAAUAAUUCGCAAAUCAGCUCAACUACGCAACCGUCCGUUCAAGCUGUUCCGCCGCAACAAAAACAAUCUUCAAAUUUGAAUUCCGCUUCUAGAACGCCUCAUCAGCCGCAAACCGGGGUAAGACAACAGCCUCUUGAACCCCCAGCACCGCCUCCUAAGUUCGUGUUUUACUGUCAGCUGGCACAUGGAAGCCCGACAGGAAAAGUGGAAGGUUUCACUAACGUGAAAGAGCUUUACCAGAAAUUAGCCGAGGUAUUCAAGCUUCAAACCAGCAACGAGGUUUGUAGUGCUAUAAACCAAAGCAUUGUUUUGGGACUUGCAUUAAGAUGACUGUCUUUGGCAAGAUCAGAGUACCACUUUGAUACUAAUACCGUUUUCUCUCAUUAUUCAUACUAUCGAUUUACAUUAAUUAUAUCUCUUUGUUGCUCGACGUGCUGACUGCUGAUUAAAUUUAAGGCUUAGGUUACUGGGGAUUGUUUUGUUUAGAAUCUUUAGAUCGACCUCGAAAGUGAUAGGAAUUUCAUCAUAAACUUACGUCUUAGUUUAAACCACUUAUUUAUUGAAACAUUUAUUUAAAAAAAGAAGAAAGAAAAAUGCUUCCAGUUAUAAAUCCUAAACUUUUACAUGUAGUUACUAGAACACUGCUUAGUGGUGCUGAUAAUUCUAUUCUCUUCCAGACGGUAAAUAAGCUUACUUAUUUUACAACAGUGUGUUAAGUACUAUAGCACUGACAUGCAAUUUACAUGUAGUUUUGCACCAGUAAUAAAAAUUUAUGCCAGGAGAGCUUUCCCUGUAAUAAUUAUAGUCAAGAUUAUGCCUUUAGCAGAUCUGUUUUUUUGUGUAUAAUUUAAUUUAAUUUGAUUCCAGCUGCCGACAUUAAAAAUUCUUGUAAAUUUUUCAUAUCAGUAAGGCCUUUUUUGCCAUAAGACAGUCAUACCUGAAUGUGCGGCAAUUAACCUCUCCUAGCCGCCGGAGGACCUUAACCAAAAUACUGUAAAAUUUUGAAAAUGAGCCCCUCCAAAUAUAAGCCCCCCAGACUCGUAAUGCAAGAAACCCUUCAUUAAAUCGUCCCUUCAAAUAUAAACCCCUGGGGACUUGUACUUGGAAGUUGCCCUCAAAUACAAAGUAAAACAAAGCAAAAACGGCAAAUUUCCUUCCAACUAUAAGGCUAGGCAAUUAAUUUUGAAAUGCAAAUUUCCCUCCAUAGAUAAUCCCUUUGGAAUAUAAGCCCCUCCAAAACCCCAAUGUUCCAAAUUCCAUUUCAUUCAGGAAUAACGAUAUUAUGGUAGAUGAAAAAACUACUUUAUUGAUUACCUCUAAAUGGUUACUGGUUUAUUUCAUUUAUUUUAGUUGAAGCUAUGACAGUGUACAAUCUUGAGAUAAUAAUAAGCUUUGUUCUCUUAUUAUUACUUGAGAUUUUUAAUAUCUGAAGGGUUUGCUUUAACCAAUAACCAUUUAAUGGUGUAUUCAUUUGGGAUGAGCAGAUCCAGAUCAGGAUUCAUGAUCUAAGAUCACUCACAUCAUGGUUUAUCAAAGAUACCGGUGAAUCCUUGUUCAAAUGGGAUGAUUUCAUGGGCAGCUGUAAUGCCCCAUGAUCCGCAAGAUGAUUAGAUCAUGGAUCACCAAUCCUGAUCAUCCAGAAGAAUGCACCUUUAAAGUUUUAAUGGCAUGGAAGUCCUUUUGUGAUAAUAACUCAGGUUCAAGCAUAAAAUUGUGAUCUUGCAUUGUUUCAAUGAUCACAGGACAGUUUUAUGCAAAGCUAGUAGGACAAGCCCUUCAACCUGUGUUUUUAAAAUGCUUUGAACCUCCAUGUGCGACCACCUCUUGAAGUGGCCAGUCCUUCCUUAAGCGACCUCUUAUCAAGACACCAAAAUUUUCCUUUCAAGGCCCCAUAGUUAGAACCUCUCAUAAUUGAUAAACCACCAGAAGCGCUUUUUGGGAUGACAUUUGACAAUUUUCCAUCAUUUUUUACCUCUUGUAAGCGACCACUUUAUGCAUUGUGCGAUCUCUAUGUUUGCUGUAUGUGCUAUGCCACUUAGAACAUAUGAAGAACUUUCAGUGAUAGCAUGGAACUAUUGAUAUCAUUACUUAGAAAUUGUAUGCAGGUAAUAAUUAAAUUUUCUCAUCCAAAAAGUAGAUGUGUUGGGACCUCUUUUUGAAAGAGACCCUCUUGUGGGUUCGAUUCUUGUAAUCGAUUACCUCCUGGAAGCGACCAUUAAAACUUUGCAUUUUGGGUGGUUGCUUACAGGAGGUUUGACUAGCUGUUAUUAUGAUUGUUGUGGAAAUAAAGAUGAUAAAUUGUUAUCAUAUUUUUAUUUCCAUACAGAUAUUGUUCUGUACACUUAAUACAUACAGAAUUGACAUGGAAAGGUUACUUGGUGGCCAGAUUGGUCUUGAUGACUUCAUUUUUGCACACGUAAAAGGACAGAGAAAAACUGUGACUGUCAUGAAAAACAACCCAGCACUGGGUUUGACCAUAACAGACAAUGGAGCUGGUUGUGCAUUCAUCAAGCGAAUCAAGGAGGGAAGCAUCAUUGAUGGAGUGGCUCAGAUUUGUGUUGGAGACCACAUCGAGGCCAUAAAUGGCAGUGAAGUUGUCGGUAUUAGGCAUUACGAUGUUGCACGAAUGUUGAGAGACACUCCUGUGGGACAGGAAAUAUCUUUUCAACUAAUUGAGCCAAUGAGGGGCUUUGGUGAGCUAACUUGAUAAUGUUGCACUUUUUAGCAUAUAUCAUUAAUUUUUUAAACUGACAUGUUCAGACAGCCAGUUCUAACCCCAAUAUUGAAUGUUGCCAAAGUAGCCAUGCCUGCAGGAUUGCGCGUUGCAUGUACGUUUAUUUAAGCAAUUGAUAGAAGAGGUGGCAAGUCUAUUUUUGAUCUUGUGCAAAGUUUAAAAGAUUCUAUGCAGGUUAUUUUUAUUAUUUCUCACAUGCCGUUAUGAUGUAUAUUUUUUCAGAGGGGAUUGGCCCAAGAACUUCAAGCCGAGGAACAUCUUCUGUGGACUCUGCAGCUACUUCCAACGCAGUUGGAAGUGGUAAGGCGACACUAAGACUGCGAUCUAAGGGCCCACCACUGGUGGAGACUGAAGAAGUGAGUUAUCAUUUACAGUUACUGUUCAUCUUUGAUGUAGCAUUGAGGUACUUGUUUUACUUUAAAAUAUUAGCCAGAACAUACCGGUAAUUCAAGGGGGUGCUUAUAACAUUGUUCAAAGACAAUGUGUAACAUUUGUAUUGAAACAACAACAAAACCUGAGUUUUGGAAGACAAUAUUCCUGUCAGCAAAGGUGCGUGCAGGACACUUGCAAGGCUGUCCUCUAAGAAAAAUUGAAGGGAGCCCAGUGUUCUGAACCUGUGGAAUAAAGGGUGCCCAGCAUAGGAUUUCUAUCAAGAAACUAAGAUUUUCUAGUUGCCCGAAAGUAACAGUUAGGCACCAGGGAAUACUGGGUGCUGCUAGAGUACAGCCUUGCUUGCACUGAAUUUACCGGUACUAUCAAGACUAUGGCACUAGGGUACCUUUAAGGCUGCCUCGUCCCCAGUCAUCUCUCAUUAUUAGUAUUUGGUGUGGAAGACUAGAACGGGCUCUUUAACGAAGGGGAUGACGCAUAACCCAAGCACUUCCCUAGUAAAUAAUUAAUGAGUAGAGACAACUUAGAGACGACUGGGGACGAAUCAGACCUUUAAGGGGUUAAGGUUGUUAAGUUCUUUUCUAAGUGUUUCCAUCAUUUCUUCUUGGGAAUCCCCAAGUUAUUGCCUUGUAAUUUGGAGAGGGUUCCUCUUUUGUCAGGCCCCUGCAUGGGAAGUCAAAGCUGCUCAGAAGAUUGACGACCUCUUGGAGAGCUUCCUUGGCAUUAGAGACCCUGAUUUAGGUAGGUCAACGUUAAUAAAAAUAGUUAGACAAUGACAGCUACCAUUUACACCCAGGGGGGUGGGAGCAGGGGUGGGGGUGGCAGUUACUCAACAAAGUUUUAUAUAAUGAGGCUUUGCCCUGAGGUCCAACCCGUUACCCAUUUAUAUACCAUUUUUGACAGAAUUUGAACUUGGGAGGGUGGCUAACAAAUCCAGCAAGUGAUCAGAGCGGACUCAAACCCAUAGGACUGUGGGAUUGUGAAUCCAGUGCAAUGACCACUCAGUCACGCUGCCUCCUCAAAGUUGUAUUGAAUUCAGCGAGAGUGAAACCUAAUGACCUCUGAAUUGCAAGUACACUGCACUCUAGACCAUUGAGCUACUUUACCUCUGGCCUUGUGCAGUUUGUGCAUGUUUACUGAGGGCUUACAUAUAAAUAUUAAAUCUGCCAGGAAUAUUUCCCUGACUCCAAAGAUUCUCUGCAGAGGUUCACUCCAGCUUACACUUUUUUGCACAGAAAUGUUCUAACGAAUAUGAUUUCUUGCAAGCCAAAAUUCUUAAAAAUCUGUAAGAAUGCUAGUGAAGUGAUACAAAAUUGAUUGUGUCGGCAGUCAUACGACAAAACAAAGUUUUUCCAUUGCUGUUUUUUUUGUGUGUCUGCCUUUAGUUUUGUUUUGUUUUGCUCAGAUUUAAUACUAUUGACUAGAACCAUUUUACCCUGCGGGCAGAGGCCCUGCGAUCUUUCUAGAUAAGUCGGGAAGAGGAAGGGACCUCUGCCAGCCGCCUCAACUUUGCCUGUUGAGCAUGCGACUUAUCUAGGAAGAUUGAAGGGCCUCUGCUCACAAGGUAGUACCAUUUAGAGUGCUGUAAACUUUAUUAUCACUUCAUUUAUGUGGUAUGAAGUGACCUCACAUUAGGAAAUGUCUCCACCUUUUUGCAGACCAGUCAAACUGACUCUCUGUUGCACAUGGUGAGAGAAAUAAAUGUCAAACCUCAUCACUUAUAUGAUGUUUCCUUUUUUUUCACCUCAGCUGAGACUCUGGUCACAAAGAGCAAGACCUUAAACAAUCCAAGUGAUUUUGCAGUGGCUGUAGAUGAGGAAUUUGGCGACUUCCAGUUCCCCGAUGAUUUUAUUUUCGAUAUUUGGGGUGCAGUGUCAGACAGUAAGAGGGGGCGAUGAUAAUAGUUGUUAAUGUACUCAAUUAAAAUAGCAAUUAUUAUUAUUAGUGAAGAGAUGCGUAGGCAUUGUAAGUGACAUCUAAUUAACUACUAGAUUCUCUUAUUAAAAGUGUGCUACGUUUGCUUGGAAAUAUGGAGCAAAUUGGCAUACUAUCAACUGUGGUAGGCGUAACUACAGAAUACAGGGCCAGUUUUCUAGGUAUAUAUUUGUUGGGGUGGCUCAGUGGCACGACGGUCACUGACGAGCCUCUGAGCUGCCAAGCCACAGAAACCUAUAGAGUGUUUUCACAUGACGUCACGGCGGCCAUAUUGGUGUCCCAAAACAAUGAAACGGCGGCCAUGUUGGUGUCCCAAACAAAUCCUGUUUGGAGUUUAACUCUUUUCUUAUGCAAACGCCUCCUUUUGUUGCAAUAAAUUUGCAUAGAUGCUGACCACGUGAGUGAAACACUCUAUUUAGACUCUAGCCCCAACUGACAAGCCACCAAGCCUCUAAAAUACAGUGUAUAAGAUCCUAGCCUCAACUGACGAUCCACUGAGUAGACUGCGAGCAGUCUCUUUUUUUCUUCAGAUUUAGUAAGGGGAGUGCAAGCGCGCGAGCGUUGCGAGAAACAAGGACGGCGUCUCGCGCCUUCAGUCACGCGCGUGGUCAUUUGCGUGUCUCGGGCGUUUUGCUCGACGGACCAAGAAAAGAGAGAGACUGCUCGUAGUCUAUCCACUGAGCAAGUGAAAUAUUUACCUUCACUUGCUCUUUAAAACUUAUGUCUUUCUUAUGCCGGUCUUACAGUUAUAUGUCUUAUAUCUUUAUCGUUCUAUUAACACUCGUAUUGACUAGCGAGCCACCGAACCACUUUUUUAAGACCUUUAGAUAUGGCCCCAGCUGUAUUCUGUGGUUGCUCAUUAGCAAUCAUUUGGGUUGUUGUUUCUCUCAACCCUGUCCUCGUUGAAAAAAUCUUUAUAUAAUUUUUUGAGAAAUAUUAAAUGUAGUUUGCAUGUGUAUGACACAUAAACGUGUUCUAGAACGUCCAUGCGUAUAGUCACCAUGACAAUCAAAUUACUUAUUAGUAUUUGUGGUUAUAGACUUUGUUACAUGUACAGUCUGUACUUAGUAAUUAUUAUUUCUCGUUGCUACCGCUCUGCAUUAAGUAUGGCAAAACUUGUUUUCCCUAGUUAAGAACCGUAAAUGAUCUUACGCCCGGGGCAUCUAUUUACUUUCAGGAGCCAAAGCAGGAGCGUUUGAUAGAGAGGAGGCGUUUAUUCUUCGUAAAAUGCCUUUUAAACAAACUCUACAAAACUUAUAUGCUUUAGAUGAAUAUGCCACAAUAUUUUAUAAACAGCAGAUUACGCAGUCCAGAGUUGAUACGUCGAGGCCGUUUAGAGAUCUAUAGCGUUUUAAAGCUCUAUUUCGAUAUCAGUGUCCGAACUUUGAAGUUGUCUUUGAGCAAGAUGUAGUACGCAAACCCCUAGAACGAAACUGAAUAAAUUGAUUGAUUUUGCUCUACUUCGCUAGUUCCAAGUAUUUUGGAACAAUUUUCAUGCAGGGCGCCUAUUAAACAGGGGGCAUUUAUUAAAGAGUGGCAUCUAAACCAGACUUAAAAGCGUGGGGUGGGCGGCAGGGGGCGUUUAUUUAAGAGAGGGCGUUUAUUAGAACGUUUACGGUAUUAAAGUUGGGACCCGUAUUUAAGUAGGGACGCUUCGUGCUAAUAAAACUUGUUUAAUUUAGCCUCUCCUUUUGAGCACUGUUACGCCAAUUACUAUUUGCUAGUAACAUUAAUAGUAAAUGAGUCAUCCGUUUUCCAAAACUUUUGGGUUCAAAUUAUGCGAGGAGAAAAAUAUAGGUAUUUCAAAUAUAUUUGAAACUUUUGCUUGUAUUUAUGUGUUACUGAUGGGUAACAAAGACGACUAUAAGUUGGUGUACGGUAGAAUGGUAAGUGGUACUAUAAUUUAAAAUGCUUAUAUUCGAAGAGCGUUUAAGUAAGCUAAUUCCACGGCGCGGUUAAUUCAAAACGCCCGUUUACGCUAACGAUUGUUUAUGCGAUUUAGAUGCGUACUUGCGACGAUCAGUUUCCCCUAAAUUAGCUUGUUCAUAGAUCCUCCAUUUUUCCUAUAGAGAUCGUCGAGCGCGCGUAUGAAAAAAAAACCCCGCGGGGCCAGGGAUUUAUUGACCUCUAGCGCAAAAGUGGUUUAGGUGGGCAAUGUGUUUUUUCUAGCCCUUCGCGUUCGCCAAAUCGGUCUAAAAAGCAUUUUUUGGACAGGCUACCGCAUUACCUGUUGCUUGUGUGCUUAAAUUUUGAGGUGAUUCAGUUCUUGACGACUUUCUGCGUGAGUUUUAAAAGUGUUAAAGUUUUCACACGAGCUGCUAGGUAACCCAUGGUAACUGCGGCAUGAAGAUUGAGGCCUCGUCCACACGUAUCCGGAUACUUUUAAAAACGGAGAUUUUUUUCUUCGUUUUAGAAAAAAUACGCGUCCACACGUUAUUGGAAUCAUUUUGCCUGUCCACACGAAAACGCUGAAACGAUGGAAAUACGAUAACAUCCCAUAUAGGGCAUGCGCUGUACGAUGACUAUAAUGUAAGGCGUCAGCAAUUCUCGUCCCCAGAGCCACUCGGCUUAAUUUGUAACCGACCCGACCACGUGACCAAGAAACGACGGGCUCUGGGGACGAGAAUGGACGUCAGCAUUUUUGAAAACCUCUGUUUUCGUCUGUCCACACGAAAACGAUGAGCCGGCAUUUCCGUUUCCGAAAACCUGCAUUUUUGGCGCCCGAAAACGCCGUUUGAGUGUGGACGGAAGGCUAUGACGGAGAAAAAAGAAGUCUCUGUUUUCUAAAGUAUCCGGAUACGCGGAUGCUUGUGGACAAGGCCAGAGUAAUCGCCGCCUAAAUUCUAGUAAAAAUCGCUGGUCACUAAUCAGGGGGAAUAGAACCAUUUAUCAUGGUUGUCACAGGUCAGGAAAUUGUCAGGGGAAAAAAAUUCUUCAAGGUCAGGGAAAAGUCAGGGAAUUUCACUUCGAGUCAGGGAAAAGUUACUUCUUUGAAGGAAGUUAGGGAAAAGUGAAAUUUUAAGAGUACACUUUUAUUGUUUUCCCUCUACUUUUGCUGUUUUCAAACAUUUUACGGACAUGAAUUGUGUUGCAUUGGUAAAAUAUUGUUCAUGAAAUUGUACGACAAGCUGAUGUUGGUUCUUCAAGAACAUCAUUGUUUUUUUGCACGUUAUGUUAACGAGCUAUUAAUUCAUGUACACCGCACGUGACUUGCCGAAAGCAUUAUAGUAAAUGGGUAGAGUAGAUGGCUGUGAGGGGAGGGUUCAGUCCAUCAUCAGGACUAAUCUGUGAAAUUGUUAAUUCAAUUAGGGAAAAUUCAGGGAAUUUCAGAAACCUCUACCUGUGGCAACUGUGAUUUAUUGUUUUAGGUUAUAGGGAAUGAUAGAAAUUCUUGCAAGGAAAAAAGUAGUAACUGCUAUAACUGAAUAGUGAUUUUAUUUAUAGGGCUAGAAUUGUAGCAGCUUGCUAUAUGCAUGUAUGUCUGCCGAUGGUAAUGAGAAUAUAUAAAAACGGCAGACUGGUGCUGCGUUGUACAUACAGUUUUAUGUUUUAUAUGUAGAAUUUGUUCCUCAGACUGCGGAAUGAUAUGUAACGAGGGUAUUUGAUGCACGGUUUAAAGGACGGUGAAUAUCUUGAAAGGAA